UCUCUAUCUCUCUGAUUCUCUCUCAACACACAUUAGCUUACUACUACUUCUACUGUAGGCUUGUCUGUUGGCAAAGAAAAGAUGGUUCGGUCUCCAUGCAAUGAGAAAGGUGGGCUCAAGAAAGGACCGUGGACUCCAGAAGAAGAUCAGAAGCUCGUGGCUUACAUAGAAGAACACAGCCAUGGAAGUUGGCAAGCCCUGCCGGCCAAAGCCGGGCUUCGAAGAUGUGGGAAGAGCUGUAGGCUUAGAUGGAUUAACUAUCUCAGACCAGACAUAAAGAGAGGAAAGUUUAGUUCGCAGGAAGAACAGACAAUCAUUCAACUUCAUGCACUUCUUGGAAACAAGUGGUCAGCUAUAGCAACUCACUUGCCCAGAAGAACGGAUAAUGAGAUAAAGAACUACUGGAACACACAUCUAAAGAAAAGAUUAGAUAGAAUGGGCAUAGAUCCGAUGACCCAUAAGCCAAAAGCCGACGCCUUUGGCUCCGGCAGCAGCCAAUACAAGGAUGCAGCCAAUUUGAGCCACGCGGCUCAGUGGGAAAGCGCUCGCCUAGAAGCUGAAGCAAGACUGGUCCGUGAGUCUAAAAGACCCCUACAUAAACAAUUCGGCUUCUCAUCGUCAGCAGCAUCAGCUUCUUCACUCCAUCUUCCUAAGUUCUCCCCACCCAGCAAAGCCACAGCAGCAGCUCUAUCAGUUAGACCAAAGUGCCUAGACGUGCUCAGAGCAUGGCAAGGAAUGGUCUCCGGCGGCGGCCUAGAGUCUCCAACAUCCACAUUAAAUUUCCCAGAAAACGCAUUGCUGACUCCAGUGGUUGCUUCGAUCCCUCAACUUCAGUUUCCUACUUGUAAUAUUACAUGCAAAGGAGGGAUAGAUGAAGAUGCUUCCCACAGCGAAAAUGAAUGGAAAUCGUUUGAAAAAUCAAAUCAAAUGGCACACCAGGUGAAAGAAACCAUAGAUGAAUCAAAUAUAUUGCAUGAAAUGACUAUGUACAUUAGUGAAAAUGCAUGGGUUUACGACUCUUUUAGGGCAACCGCAAGUGAUAUUAUGGGGAACAUCGUAGAAGGGGUUUCUGAUAUUAUGGCUUAUAACAAUGGGGAACAGAAUUCGUCCAUGGCUGGAGAAAACGUUACAACUACAAGCCAAAGUUGCUGCGCGAAUCUUGAAGACAUGCAGGGGAAUUACUGGAAUAGCUUAUUACUCAAUUUGGUGGAUGGUCCAGUACCCUUCGGCUCACCUGUGUUAUGAAUAUCAGGAAAAAAGAAAAGAAAAGGAAAGAAACGAAAGGAAAAUGUUGAAGGUAGGAGUUGAUUUUGAAAUGAAGUAAUAAUAGAGGAUUUGAAUGUAUUAGGUAAGGUGGUGUUAUCUUCAACUUCUGAAUAAAUUUGUUCUUUAGGUCUUUAGAUGUUUGCACAAUCAAUAUGGGAGCUACUAGCAUUAAUUC